AUGUUCGUCCAUAGCAUUGUAUUUAACUCUUUUUUCACUAUUCACCCGUUACUUGGAUGUGUCAGUGGAAGUCCAACAUUAAAUCUAUAUUCAACAUAUUUCUUUUAUCCAGUUUUGUAUGGUCCUGUGCAGAUUGCUGUCUCAUUACUUUUUAGUUUAUUAGCUUUUCGUAAUGUUCGUCGUAUUGUCCGUCGACAAGUACCGAUUGUUCGUCGUCGACUCGAUCGACAAAUGACAGCAAUGAUUUUGACACGUGUUGUGUUUUUUGUGAUAUUUGCAUUACCAUUUACCAUUUAUCGGAUGUAUAUUAUCAAUAAUCCACCUUCACGAUCGAAUAGUUUGCAAUAUUCUAUUGGACAAUUACUUCAAACAAGUCUUAAUUAUUUUAUUAGUUUGAACAAUGCGAGUAACUUUUACAUCUUUAUGGCAAUAUCAUCACGAUAUCGUCGUCAAGUCAAAUGUGUUUUGGUGAGAAAAUGUUGGCAACGAUGGAAACAUUGGCAUUGUAUGCGCCAAAAUGAAGUUGCCCCCGCAAAUCCAGUGACGAUUACUUCUAAUGACGACUUUGACUGAUAUAUAUCGUUAGAUUUUAAUACAUAUCGUAGUAACUUCUUCAUGUUGUACGGCUUAAACUAUCCUUCAUCCAUGAUAGGCCCUAAAGGGACAUAAUGCUGAUUACAAAUAACUGAUUAAAGAAAGCACAGGAAACAAAGAAUAGAGAUGACACAAGUCAUGAUCAAUGAUUUGUGCAGAGCCAAACUACUUUAGUAUUCGAGUAGAAUAUUGAGAUAUAUGGAAUAGAAGAGAAUCAUAUAACCAUGGUGCUGUGAGAGGAAAAAUUCAAACACGAUUACUAGUGCGCUAUUCCUCUCCUCUUCUCCGCUCCCCUCCAUCGUUCUGCGCACCAUGGUAAUCUUUGUUUUUUAAUUGCUUUUAGACUCUUGCUUUAUUAAUUUGAUGUUUCAUAUACAGAUGUGCAUUCUUUUGACAAUAAAUAUCCGUUAUAAAACAUGCUCAAGAUGUUGAUUAUAAUAUUGAAGUCCUGGGGAGAUAAAUCUUUUUAUGGAAUAGAUAGUUUGAAGUCAAAGAUUAAUUAUUGUUGAUGCAUUGUUUGAAAUUUAACAUGCACUGAACAGCACUUAAUUGUUGUCAAUAGUAUAAGUUUUGACUGUUUCUGUGACCAUGUGUCAAAACACUCAAUAUUGUCAUAUCAAAUAAAGAGAUCAAGCGGCCCGUUUGCGAGAAAAAAAAGAAUAAAAGCGCUAGGAAAUUUGUUCGUCAAGAAAAUAGAAGUACAUCCAUGUUACUCCUGAUGAUUCAAAUUUCUUGUGUGGUGAACGUUACCAAAAAGAUAAAGUUAUGAUAAGCAGAGACAAAAAUUCUCUCAUCAAAUCUUUAAGAAUAGAUCACUUGAAAGUAUCUUGAGGGUAUCUCAAUGAGGAAUAAAAAUAUUCAAGAUUAACUCUUCGAUAUACUUUGUAUUCUCUAUUAAAAUAUCAAAAAAAAAGAAGAGAGAAAAUAAUAUAACAGUAUUUGAUUACAAUAGCCUCGUGUAAAAUAGAAUAUUAUUUCAUUAUAACAGGAAAAAAGGAUUUUAUGUUGCAUCAUUUAUUGAAUCAUCGUUGCAUAUUUUCAAAAAUUCAUGUGCACAUAGUUGACAUGAUACCAGUAAUAGGAGAUUAUAUGAAAUAUUUCUGACAAAUCAAAGAAUUUAAUAAAGAAAUUUCGCAUAUUUAAACAAUAUGUAGAGUGAAUAUAUAUGAUUUUACCGUGAUCAAUUUGUGUCUUUUCUUUUAUUGGAAAUGUCAUCAAUUUGUUCUCGUGUCAUGUGAUAAUUCAUGACACUAAAUUAUUAAUUAAUAUCAAAGGAUACCGACAGAUAAGGUCCAAUAUCGAAACUAAUAAUGUAGAUCGAUGAUAUUUUUGAUGAUCUAAAAUAUGAUAUUAGAGAUCAUGUUUACGUUUAGUUUUCUCUUAGAUUAUAUAGGGUCAAAGCGGGUACAAUAAUAUAUCCGCUUUAUCCUACAUAUUGUACGAGAAAAGCUAAAAGUAAACGUGAUCUCUAUAUCAUUUUGUAGAGCAUCAAAAAUCUCAUCGAUCUACGUUAUUAGUUUCCACAUUGAGUUUACAAAUGGGUAGUUGUGGGUGUGGGUGUUAGUGGAUGUAGGGUGCGAGUGUGAGUAUGGGUAUUUUUUCUCACACCCACAUCUUCAAUUUUGACAGGUUCCUGAUACGAAGAUUUGGUCUAAAUCCUGGCAGAAAUCUAAUAAAAUCUUGUCAGAAUCCUCUUUGAUAAUCCUGUCAAGAUCCUUAGUAGGAUUGAGAAUGAAUCCUCGUAGAAUCCUACAUUGUCAAUUCAGAAAAAUAUCUGAGCAGAAACCUGAACAGGAUCGUGUUUAGCCAUGAGAAAUUCUGAAAACAGAUAUUACCAGAAUUUGAAACAGGAUCCUGAAGAAAACUUGGCAAGAUCCUUGAGCUUCAGAAUUCUGAAAGAUUCUUUCAGGUUUACUUAUGAAAUGAGCAGUAUUGAGACUAGGAAACAUCUUAUUCGUCGAUAUUGUGCAUUUUUUUGUUAUUCUCCGCACAUUUUUUUUCCUUCUCCUUUUCAUGUGUGUUUUUUUUUCAUCAUUGGAUGAAUCCGUGAAGUUGCUAUCACUUUUGAGAAAAAGUUUUUUCAUCGAAUUUUUGUGGAACCCACAUAUAUUUUUGAAGAAAAUAGUGAGUGUACGUUUUAAGGCCAAGUGUUGACGGCUCUCCCCCUUCCCAUUACAGACACUUAGCAACGGGGAAGAGACCAUUACAGACCUUAGCAAUUAAGAAUAACAGGUGCCGAACUUUCUAGUUCUUUUUUUGAAAAAUUGAUAAAGUUAUAAUUUUGAAAGAUAAUCGACAUCAUUGUUUGUGAGCUGAUUACUAUAUAUAAUAGUGCGUAAGAGCUUCUGUAGAUAUCAUAGAUAUGUAAAACAGAUUUAUUUAUGAAUUAAUUCAAUGAUUAUAAUAAUAAGAAUGUUGAAUUACGAAAAACGAUUUAAAAAAAUGAGAGAUAAUGAGUGAAUAGCAACAAUGCAAAAGAAAAAUAGGGCGCUCGCGAACAAAAAAAAUUUUCUGUUUUAAAUGUAGAAAUAAAUAACAAUGUUUCGCUCUCGUCAUUGAUUAUCAAUGAAAACAACUACAGUGCACAAUAAAUUUUUCAGUUUACCUAUGAUGUACUAGAUUAUUAAGGUUUAAGAAUAUAUGUGAGUUCUACAUUUCAGCUCCAAAGGAGCUGCGCUACCAAGCUUUUUGUGCUGGUUAGGCGUAAUAUGGAUAGAGAAUAGAUUUGGCGGAAAAAGAAUUGUAACUACUAUUUGAAAUACCGAAGAUUCAGGUCAUUUUCCAGGAACAUCUAAGGAGGAGCAGGAUCACCCAGAUUAUUACAAUGUUUAAAGCUCAUAUUUUGCCCAUAGGUAGGAAGCAACUAGACUAGCA